CUAUGAAGGGCCAGCCUUGUUUCCGGGGAUUUUCCCUGAAAAAUGUGUACGUAAAAAAACCCUGGGAACGAGCUGAAGUUAUUUAUGUGUUUCUGUGCCACUAUUUUUUGUGUGGCGUUGAAGCCGUUAGCUCUAUACUUACUUGUUUGGAUCUCCAGAUAAAUCUUUAUUUACAAACAUUCAGUUUAUUUAUUACCACUGAAUUCGUGACCUCGGCGUUAAUAAGUGCUAUCUGCUAACCGUUAAGAUGCUAAUUUUUAGUUCAAUUAAACUGUUUAGCGUUAUUUAUCUUUGUCAGAUCGCUGUUAGUAAAUUGCUGCAUGCGCAGCUGCUUUAACCGAGUUGAAUUAGGCAGGAAGGGGAGGAAGAGGAGCGGGGGAGAGGAGAGUUUUAACACUGAAACGAACAGAUGGAACAUGAAACUGUGAUUAGAAACUAAAAAAAAAAACAUUUCGACAUCCUUUCUGAACGACUGGUAAUGCUCUUCAAUGUGAAAACUGUAAAGUUUUGACAAAUUCCCACAGCAACACUUGCUCCGGCUUGAGCUUAACAAUAUUUUUUCACAGCCAGAAACAAUUAAAAUCCAAAAGGAAUGAAUUCAUAGAAACAGUGUACCCGCUGGUUUAAGCCAGUGAAAUUAUAGCCAUUUGCAUGUUCACCGAGGCCUCGAGUUGAAAAGUAAUUAUUCUUAUAUAGUAAUAAAAUUUGCUUCGUGUCUGUUUGCCUUGCUAUUAGCUUGAAGGACUUUGUUGACUAGUGAAGUUGUUUUUAUUAACCUUUCCAGAGUGCCAAAAUGCUAUCAGAUGAGUGAGCUUCCCCUCCGGAAAGUAAUUUCAGGUUUUGUAUCUCGUGCUGACAUCUGACGGAGCAAAGUAAUGAAAAAAUAUCUUUAAAAAAGUCUUUUGUUUAAAUAACAAAAACAGAUAAGAAGAUCAGGGAUGUUUUUCGGCACGUCUAUCAACAAAGUUUCGAAACCAUGCUUUAAAUAAGGCGGUUGGUAAUGUCGAAAAAUAAAAACUGACCGGAAGAGAAGGAGUCUGUUCGGGAAACUUAGUUAUGUUAUAUCUCAAACUCUCCUUCGUAUACUCAGAGAAUCUUAUCAACUUGAUCAUUUUUAUGCCCUCACCUGCCAGUAUUGAAUACUCUAGCACGAACAUGUAUCCAAGUUCAGAAUACAUUUGAGUGUUUUGGUUUCCGUGCAAUGAAGGAAAGUGGUAAGGGAGAGAGAAGGGGAGUGGGCAGGGAGAGAGAUUGCACCUGAUGGAUAUGUGUUUGGUGGUCCCAGAUUCAACUCCUCCACGCUUUGUAAAUAGCCAACGGGUCAGCCUCCCGCCAGUUGGGGUUUUUAACAAGUUUCUGUUUAAUUUACAAUAUUUGUUUGCUUAUUUCAGUGUCCACAAUUAGUAAAGCAGUGUUAAACACUUCUACUUAAAUAGAGAGAGUGGCUUUAUUUUUUAUUUAUUUACUUAGAGGCUUGAAAGAGAAAGAGGGGAGGGGCUUAUUCCCAAUGACACAUUAUUGAAAUGAACCUUUGCAAAAUUUAUUACACGACUAACUAAACCAUGGUGAUUGUAAUGGAUUCUGUACCACUAUUUUCCUAAAAGCAACAUCAUUUAUAUCCUAACGUACAAUGAUUUGUCAGGACCUUACAACGUUUUAUUCAAACUGGCCCUCCGGGAUUACGGCAAGUAGUUUCCGGUCACGUUAGAGCAAAAAUCAUAAUGCGCGUCAAAAUCUAGUUUUGUAUAAUUCGCUUUCGAGUGUUGGGAACUUUCUCAGUCAGUUCGAAACUAUCGGACUUACCACAGCUACAGGUUCAACCCAAGCACUUGGUAAAGAUUUGUUCCCAUAACUGCGUAACCUUCACUCGGUUGGAUUCAAAAUUCAGCAAGAAAUGAACAAAAGCCGAAACGAUUCUUUCAAUGUAAGCGGCCACACUAUGGAUGGAGACCAUCCCGAAGAUUCUCAAGUCUCUAAGGAACAGAUCACCAAAGUUGCUGCAUACGCAACUAUCAUGUUGUUGUCUUUAUGUGGAAACACACUUGUCCUUAUCGUCGUCAAGAAGAACAUCGGAGGCAGAAUGCACUCCGCACGCAAUUACCUUCUAACGAGCUUGGCCGUCAUAGAUUUAGUCCUUACAGUGGGUAGCAUGCCAGAAAGACUCGUAAGAGCAUUGACAAAUGAUGUGUGGCUCAUUGAAGGCGCUAUGGGAGUAACGCUGUGUAAAGCGACAAACUUUUUUGAAAAGCUGUCGUUCAAUGUUUCUACUCUCAGCUUGGUUCUCAUUGCCGUGGAUCGGUUUUUGGCGGUGAUGUUCCCUCAUCAAAAAUACUUUACAAACCGCAGGGCCUUCGCAGCCAUUGGCCUGAUAUGGCUUCUAUCAGCCGUUUAUUGGUCUCCAAUACUUUAUUAUGGCGGCCUGUUACAAGAAGAUGGCAAAACCCUUUGCAAAGUGCGACGAUUCUUCUCGAAAUGGAAAGUGUGGUACUUGCUGUUUCUGGUGCAACUUCUGCUUUCCCUUGUUCUAGUUGUUAUACUCUACAUUUCAAUUUGCUACAAACUAUGGCGGCGCCAUUCUAAAAAUAAAAUCGGAGCAAGACCUUCAUUUAAUUCAAACCGCGCUGCGCGAGAUUUAAAAAUUAACCGAAAGGUCCUUAAAAUGGUAGCGGUUGUUUUAAUUGCGUUUUACAUCUGUUUCCUCCCGUACUGGAUUGGUUGGGUCUUCUGCUCAUAUUAUUACUCAGAAUUUGUUUGUGACGACACCUUCAUCUUCGCUGCCAUUUAUCUAUCUUAUGCUAAUAGUAGCUUAAAUCCAUUCAUAUAUUGUAUUUUUAGCGAGAGCUUUCGCCGAGCUUUUAAACAGGUCAUCCAAGAGACAUGUCCUUGGUCUGUAUGUUCCCGAAAGACUGAGCCGGUUGAUCCGGGCUUGCCACCGCCGAGAAUGCCCAUUAACAUGCUCGUUGAAAUGUCGGUGCACUCCGUCGAGAAGACUGAAGGCCAAGAUGAGAUUGAAUCAAAAGAAGAAAGCCGUGAGAAUGAAAAGUGGGGAAGUUGACAUGACCAAAAGCUCUAAACACUCAGGAAACUCUCUCAAUUUCUCUUCGAAUUAUGCAGUCUAAGAAAGAUUAUUUUCAUUGUUUCCACACGUAAUAUCCCAUGAUAAGAAGUGUAUGAUUUAGAAGUAUUUUCUUAAGCCUGUGAUGAUUUUGAUUAUAUACCCUUACAGUCUUCUCAAUCUAACAGUCUGUUUCUCGCAAACGAAUAAAAUAACGCAAUCGUCCAGUAAUUAACUGCUUCACGCAGAGAGUCGUCGCUCUCUUAUUGUCACAGGGGACCCUCACAAAAAAUUAUAGUACGAUUCAGGGUUUAAAUAAAGUACUGACUGUGCACGCGGUCGUGUGAUGGGUUCCGCUGGAGUCGAAAAAUGGCCGAGAGAAUUCGAAAAUUGUCGGGGCUAGCUCCAAACCUUCUAGGUUCCAGACCUCGAACCAGAUGGUCGCGUUUCAACUCUACCGCAGGUACUAUCUCCUUAAACAGGCUUUUAUUUAGUUUACUUUUCUUUAAUAACUAGCAAUAUUUUAAAUUACAGUAGAUUAUCUGUAUACAUAGUCUUUCGUAAUAAGUUGUAGCUUUUAUAUUAAAUUGUUAAUGCCUGAUGUAUUUACCGUGUUCGUAAAUAAAGAUGAUGAUGAUGAUGAUGUGCAGUGUCCCUCUUAAACCAAAAUAUAAAAUGGGGAGU